CCUCCCCACGCCUGCGUGCUGCGCCGCGGCUGCGAAGCGCUGAGGGGAGAGGCGCCGCCGCCAGCGCCGCGGUGGGACCCGUUAGAGCGGAAGCGCCGCCGCCGCCGCCUUCGCUGUCUCGGGGCUUCAGGGACCCGGCAGGUAGGAGGCGGGAGCCAUGUCGAAGCGGCUCCGGAGCAGCGAGAUGUGCGCCGACUGCAGCGGGCCGGAUCCUUCCUGGGCAUCAGUAAAUAGGGGAACUUUCAUAUGCGAUGAGUGCUGCAGUGUCCAUCGGAGUCUGGGGCGCCACAUCUCUCAAGUAAGGCAUCUUAAACACACACCGUGGCCUCCAACAUUGCUUCAGAUGGUUGAAACCUUAUAUAAUAAUGGUGCUAAUUCAAUAUGGGAGCAUUCUUUGCUGGACCCUGCCUCUAUUAUGAGCGGAAGACGUAAAGCUAAUCCACAGGAUAAAGUACAUCCUAAUAAAGCGGAAUUCAUCAGAGCCAAGUAUCAGAUGUUAGCAUUUGUCCAUCGUUUGCCCUGCCGGGAUGAUGAUAGUGUGACUGCCAAAGAUCUCAGUAAGCAACUCCAUUCAAGCGUGAGAACAGGGAAUCUUGAAACCUGUUUGAGGCUGUUAUCUUUAGGAGCACAAGCCAACUUCUUUCACCCUGAAAAAGGAAACACCCCACUCCAUGUUGCCUCCAAAGCAGGACAGAUUUUACAGGCGGAAUUAUUGGCAGUAUAUGGAGCAGACCCAGGCACACAAGAUUCCAGUGGGAAAACUCCUGUUGAUUAUGCAAGGCAAGGAGGGCACCACGAGCUGGCAGAACGCCUUGUAGAAAUACAGUAUGAGCUGACUGACAGACUCGCCUUUUAUCUCUGUGGCAGGAAACCAGAUCACAAAAAUGGACAGCACUUUAUAAUACCUCAAAUGGCAGACAGCAGCCUGGAUUUGUCUGAAUUGGCAAAAGCUGCUAAGAAGAAACUUCAAUCUCUAAGUAAUCACUUGUUUGAAGAACUUGCCAUGGAUGUGUACGAUGAAGUUGACAGGCGAGAGACUGAUGCAGUCUGGCUUGCCACGCAAAACCACAGCACCCUGGUGACCGAGACAACCGUCGUUCCCUUCCUUCCGGUCAAUCCCGAGUACUCAUCGACACGGAACCAGGGCAGACAGAAAUUAGCUCGGUUUAAUGCCCAUGAGUUUGCCACGCUGGUUAUUGACAUUCUCAGUGAUGCCAAGAGAAGACAGCAAGGCAGUCCUCUCUCUAGUUCAAAAGACAAUGUGGAGCUCAUACUGAAAACCAUCAAUAACCAGCACAGUACUGAGAGUCAAGACAAUGACCAGCCGGACUAUGACAGUGUGGCAUCAGAUGAAGACACAGAUCUGGAAGCCACUGCCAGCAAGGCAAACAGGCAGAAGAGUCUAGAUUCAGAUUUAUCAGAUGGACCAGUCACUGUGCAGGAAUUUAUGGAGGUCAAAAACGCUCUAGUGGCUUCUGAGGCCAAGAUACAACAGCUAAUGAAGGUGAAUAACAACUUGAGUGACGAGCUGAGAAUUAUGCAGAAAAAGCUUCAAACACUCCAGAGUGAAAAUUCGAACCUCAGGAAACAGGCCUCAACCAAAAUAUAUCAGGUGCAAACUGGUUCUGAGUACCCAGAUACUUCCAACCACUCUUCCUUAAAGCGACGUCCGUCUGCCCGGGGCAGUAGGCCCAUGUCCAUGUACGAGACGGGAUCAGGUCAGAAGCCGUACCUCCCAGUGGGAGAAGCGAACCACCCCGAAGAGAGCAGGACGAGACUGCAGCCGUUCCCUGCGCACAUCGGGAGGAGUGCGCUUGUGACCUCCUCUUCGUCUCUGCCUUCCUUCCCCUCCACACUUUCCUGGUCCAGGGACGAAAGCACCCGAAGGGCGUCCAGACUGGAGAAGCAGAACAGCACACCUGAAAGUGACUAUGACAACACUCCCAACGACACGGACCCAGAUGACAUGGGGUCAAGCAGGAAGGGAAGGCAGAGGAGUAUGGUGUGGCAAGGUGAUGGCUCAAUACCAGAUAUGGCAGAACCCUCCACGGCCCCAAGCCCCAUCCUCCCCAGCACCGAAGACGUCAUCCGGAAAACUGAGCAGAUCACCAAAAACAUCCAGGAACUCCUAAGAGCAGCCCAAGAAAAUAAACAUGACAGUUAUACUCCCUGCUCAGAGAGGAUACACCUGGCUGUUACAGAAAUGGCAGCAUUAUUUCCCAAAAAACCCAAGUCUGACAUGGUGAGGACUUCCCUUCGCUUACUGACAUCCAGUGCCUACCGACUGCAGUCAGAAUGCAAGAAGACCCUUCCCGGGGACUGCAGCCCGCCCACGGACAUCCAGCUGGUCACACAGCAGGUCAUCCAGUGUGCGUACGACAUCGCCAAGGCCGCCAAACAGCUGGUCACCAUCACCACCAAAGAGAACAACAACUGAGCAGCGGAGCUGGCCCCUGUUUCCUGGGCUUUUCACAGUCCCGUUACAAAUGUAGAUGUGGAACUCCCGAUUUUUACCAGAAACAAACAUUUAAUGAAAGCUUAAAACUUUUUUGAAAAAGACUCAGUAUUAUUUUUGCAUGUUUUCUAACAAAUUUUCAAUUAUUAAUUUAACCCACUUGCCUUACUUUGUGACUGUUUGCCAGUUUUUCUGAUGUUCUGUUGUGCUGUCAGUGACUGUUGAGCUCAUGAUCAUGGACAUCCAAAAGCAUAGCUUCAUUGUUGCAAGUUCGUUACCAUUUAUCCAGCCCUUAAAACUCCCUGCCUCUGGUUAAAACUCUAAGUGGGAUGUUUUAGUAAAACAUUUUCUUGAGAGAGUUGGGUAAAAAAAAAAAAAAAAUCAACAUUAUCUGUUCCUUACCAAGCACUGUGCAAUAAGUGAAUUUUCUAACCUGUUGCAAAUAUCUCUUAAGUUUGGAGUAUCUCCAAGCAUGUAUGAGGAGGACUUUGCCACUUUCUAAAAAUAGUAUAACGAUCUCUCUUGGAAGGAAACAAUGAAUUGCUCCAUUUCUUCGCACUGUGCUAUCAUGAGAUGUUCUUUAAUUUCUCUAUCUUGAUCUUCUCUCCAUUUUACUAUCAUCCUGAAGUCCCCGUGGCAUCAGAUAAGCACUCAUCCUCCACGUCGUGUGUCACUUGGCCACGUCCUGGUAGGGGCACCGCCGUGUUAGCACACGUGGUCUGCUCUGCCUUAUCACAGGAAACCAGACUUCCCUUCCUGCGGACAGCGGGAGGAGCAGCGCCCCAGGCCAUAGCUCCUCUGCACCCCCUCCCGUCAGUGCCGUGAACACGGGAAGAGAAACCCUCUGCGCCCGGACCUUGUAUGGCACCUCUCUCGUCUGAAACUCGGUCACUCCUUUGACCACGUAAAGCCUUCUCGCGACCUGCUUCGCAUAGCUCGUCCCCUUUAAGGACUUCUUGUGAGGUAAGAUGUAUGCAGUCAUCUCGGUUUAUUUCUUUUUCACUAUCGCGCUGGUUUUUAAAAACUGGACAUCAGCUUUCAAGAAUUCCUUAGAGAGUGUUCUGCUGACUAGCAGCUGCCCCAAAGCUAUGGAAGAGCACAAGUGUGAGCUCUGGGACACACUGAGGUGUUUCCUCAGUAGCUGGAGAGACCUUUCUUGUUCUGAAUGCCGAGCACAUUCCUGUACCUGCUGACUGCAGCCGCUUGGUGUGGGGCCUCAGACCUGACCUAGACCAGAGGCCAGGCCGUGGUGAGGAAGAGGAAUGGGGUGAGCCAGGUGCGGAGCGGGGCAGGGGCAUCAGGGGGGCCAGGGCACACCCAGUGGCACAGUAGCCCCCAGCUCCACCCGGGCUGCCAGGUGGAAAAGUGGAUCUGGGGUUGCCAGAGCAUUUAUUUCUCAAGAGACUCCAGGAAUCUGGCUGUUUUUGUGCCAUCUCUCUGUUUAUAAAUGCUGGCGACUACUGCAGACAUUUUCACAGCACACAUGGGUGAGCUGUGGUCUCGAGGCCGCCGCGCACAGCCUCUGCCCUGGGACCCUGCAAACUGGUGCGAGUCGGGCUUCCCUAGUCCCACCUGGGUUAGCCUCUGAGCCGUGCCCGUAUGUGGCCACCCUCCCCUUGCUUUACCCAUAUAUUCUGUCCCAUAGUGCUCCUUCACACGUGUGAAGAAGUCACAGUUAUCUAAGUUGCCUAAGUACAUGCUGAGCAAGCCUGCACUGUCACAGAACUGUUUGAUUCACAAUCACCUUCAUAGCUUGACCGUAAACUGUCAUGAAAGGAGCACCUUGAGGGUGUUUGCUUGACUGAGUCACUGUGUGGACGCUUCUGCCGGCUUCACGUCACUGAGUAGCUUGGGGAAAGGGUCCAAUCUCCAGAAGACUCGUCCACUUGCUGAUGCGCACACCCUAAGUGCCACCCUAAGUGCCGUCGAUGCUGAGGGAUGCUCCUACCUGCAGCUCCAGCCCCGUCGGAAAGCCGCCUCUGCAUGCUGCACACUCAGUGUCCCUCUUCUUUCCUGCCAACACCCGCCCUCCUCCUGGGCGCAUUGGGUCCUCAGGAAAGGCCCAGCACGCUCUUGAGUUGGUGGCCGUGGCCCCCGGAGGACAGGUUUCUGAAUAAUGAGUCGUCUGCGAUGGGCAGCGGUCUUUCCUCGGACACGAGGACCUGCGAUGAAGGGCGUUGCUUCUGCCCUAGAGGAAGUCCCGGAACUCGGAGCCCAGCGUUUUCGGUUGUAAGAAUACCGCAGGGUUUGCUGUCGACCACAGCGCCAGAACUCCAGGAAGGAGUUCCAGGUGGCGAGACGCACGGUGCUAGGAGGGCCGCCAGCUUCCUUCUCAGCCUCAGCCUCAGCGAGGCCUGCGUUGCAGGCUCUCUGUCCUAGGGCAGACCGCCCCGUGUCUGCAUGACGCUCACCACUUUUUGCACAUGGGUCCCACAGCCUUGCACUAAUGUCUGUGUCCUAAUGUCAUGUUUUCCCUGUUCUCAACCCCCUCCCCCAGAGCCGGUAGGUCAGAGGUGCCCUUUACACAACGGGCACUUGCUGAGGCGGCUCCACCCCCAGCUCCGGGAACUGAAGGCACCUCUGCCUCAAUGCAAAUGGUUCUUAUUUGCCAAAGAGCAGUCGGGCAAAUGCACACUCGGGAGCUGUCCGGGGCCUGGGGCCCUCUAGGCUGGGAGCCAGGAGCAAGGCAGCCUGGUGGUCCCCACAGCAGCUGCGCGCUCCCAGACAUAGCAUUUUCCUUCUCGUCCUGGUUGAAGGUCGCCCUUGUUUUUACGAAAGAAAAAUGCUGCAUAGGAAUACUGAAAUGCCUUUUAUGGAAAUGUGUUUUAUCCAUGUCACCCCUUCUGCACUUACUUUUCAUUUGUAUUGUACAUUCUAUUCCUGUAAUUAUUGUACAACCCUUUAAGCGUUGUAAAAUUGUUUUGGAAUUUGUGCCUGCUAGUUAUGCAAUAAACAGGCUCUAUAUCUGUC